AUGGCCACGCAUGUGGAGCAGAAGCCCCAGAGGAGACGCUACUGUAAAACGGUCCAUGGCGGUGACUUUGGAUGCACCCCGGUGGCGGGCACCCCCAGGCUUCCUGUCCGACCCACCUCCGCCCGGCCCCUCCUGCCGGGGGCUCAGCGGGACGCCGCGGAGCGCGUGGGGCCGCCGGCGGAGCCUUCCUCGUGUUCCCCGGACACCGGCCCCGGGGGCGCCCGCCGGCCAGCGGACACGCACACUCGCGGUUUCACACUCAGGACGUGGCCCGCGAAACUCUUCUCUCUGGCAUUUCUGGCGGCGGGAAACGGGCAGGCGGGCUGGGCAGCCGCGGUCCCCGGGCGCCCUGGGUCCCGGCCCCUCCCGCGCGGGGUCCCCCGGCCCCUCCCCGCCUCCCCGCUCGGCGCGCGGCCGCAGGUGGCCCCGGGCGGUCAAUCAUUAACCCGCCGCGCAGCCGCCUCCGGGAAACCCGAGCCCGCGGCCCCAGGCGAGCCCGGCCCGACGGCGGCGGGAGGCGUGCGCCAUGGACGCAGGAGCAGACGCAAAAGGAGGCGGCGGCCCCGCAUCCCCCGAGGACUCCCGGAGCCCUGCGCUCCCCCGCAGCUCCCGCAGCGCCCGCAGCUCCUGGAUGAGGACGGAGGGCCCAGGGAGGAAGUGGCCGCGGGUGGGGGCAGCUCCCCGGCCCCCGAGGACCCGCCGGCAGAUGCCCAGGCCGAGGCCGCGGCCUCGUCCGCUCCCCAGACCCAGGCUACAGGCGAGGCCCCGCAGGGGCCCAAGGCGGCAGCUGGCGGGGUGCCCAACAUCGGCUUCGUGGGCGAGCCCCCGCCCUACGCGCCGCCCGACCCCAAGGCCGUGCACCUGCUCUACCCGCCCUUCCCGCAGGGGCCUGUCCUCUUCCAGCCCGGGCCCUCGCCCCAGGCCCUGUACCCGCCGUCGACGGCCGCGCCCCUGUACCCAGCACCUGCCGCGCCGCCGCUCUUCACACCCUUCCCGGUGUACAACAGCCCCGUGGCUGGCUUGCCAGCCCCCACCGCGGUGGAGCACAGGCCCCUGCCCAAGGACUACAUGAUGGAGUCCGUGCUGGUGACCCUCUUCUGCUGCCUGCUCACGGGGCUCAUUGCGAUCGUCUACUCCCACGAGACCCGUGCUGCCCUGAGCCGGGGGGACCUGGCCCAGGCUGAGGAGGCUUCCCGGAAGGCCCGCUCACUCGUGCUCUUCAGUCUGCUCUUCGGGGUCUUUGUGUCCACCAGCUGGGUCAUCUAUGUGGUGGUGGCACUCUACCUCCCCUGAGAGCUGCUGGCUCCUUUGGAGAUGCCAGGACGCACAAGGACACCCAACCUGGACACACUGUUUCUGUGGACUUUGAUCCCUGCUGGUGGCUAUCUGUUGCCUACAGAGGGAACCCAGGGCCAGAAGAAGGUGGGAUUUGUCACCCUUAACACACCCAUAGCUAGGCCUCCGCCGCUACAGGUGGCCUCAGGCAGUGUCCUCACCUGAACUGGCCCCAGAGCCCAGGCUCAUUGUGGGAUGGGGGCACACCAGAGCUCCUGGGCCUCUGUGCAUCCCCCUAAACUCUUUCUGGGACUGUGCUGGCUGGGCUCUGUAGCCCUUGCCUUUACCUUACACCCGGGAGACCAUCAAAGGGACCAGAGCUCCCUUUGUCCUUGGAGCCAUCUGGAAGGACCUUGCAAACUCCAGCCUCCUCUACCUGCCUGGUGAUUGUAGGGCAAAGCUGCUGGUGUUUCUUCUUCCCUGUGGAGGAGUUGAGUGGCGUCUUCUCUCCUUGGUAGCUCCUGGCCGAUCAUUCUGGACCCCUGCCCCAUCCCAGGAGACAGGCACUCUCAUGCUGACUAUGUCCAGAAACCAAGGCCACUGUGUCUGGUCAAUAAACAAAAAGCAACCCCUUGGGCAGGGCUUCACGUCGCUACUUCUGGCUCACUUUCAGUGCGAGUGGCACAUUGGUCCCCAGCUGGGCUCUGGGGGCUCCUGAGGCUGCCCCCCCUCUGAGAUGCUGUUUGCAUGAAGGCAGGUCUGGCCAGGGUCUGUUUGCUGCUCAUGUUGUGUGGCCCCUCUGAGAUGUGACCCACUUCUCAUGGGGCUGUUUUACCAGAAGUUUCUCUCCCCUCCUCCCUGCCCUCUACUUCCUCCUUUUGUCGGUAGCCUUUCAGCUCUGCCCCACUCCUCCUCCCUGUCAUCUGCGUGCUCCUUCUGUCCCUAACUUUAUUGCCCACCAAAGGAGGGUCAGCUUGGUCCUGUGUGGUGAGGGCCACCCAGACUAGAGAGCACUUGGGUCACCCUAGAGACUGCUGGAUGGCCUAUAGAGCUAUGUGUGAAUGUCCCUGAGUCCCACCUGGCACCCUGGUCCAGUCAGCUGUGGUCCAUUUUAACCAGAUUCAGAACUGUCUGCAGAGGCAAGGGGCUUAGGGGACAGGG